AUGCCUAAAUGUUUAUAUUUUAAGAAAGUUUUUAUAAAUCAGCAAGCAUUAGGUAAUCAUGUAAAAAAACAUUUGGAUAAUAGUGAUGAAGAUUUAUCUUUCCUAAAUAAAGUGAUUCAUACCAAUUUGGUUGAAAUAACAAACAGAAUUCUUAUUGAUCAAAACAAGCUUGAAAGGCAAAAUUUAUCUGUAAAAAAAGAUAUAAAUUAUAAGCAACAUUGUUUUAAAUAUAACUUAGAUAAUAGUUUAAAAGAGAUUAAUUCUAAUGUCAUUGAACUUUUUGAUCAAAGUGAUUCUCAAAGUAAUAAUCAUAGUGAUUCUCAAAGCAAUAUAUCUGAUAUACAAUUAGAUUUAUUAGACAUUACAGAUGUUGACUUUAAUGAAUAUACUAAAUAUGAUGAUUUGUAUUCUGGAAAAUCAAAAGGUCCUGAAGAUAUAUAUCAAGAAUUUUCAUCAGAAGAAUAUGCAGAAUUUAUGCAUCUAAUAACAUGA